CCACUUCUGACCUUUUACUCCUCUUUAUAAACUCCUACUUGCCUUUCUCUACUCCACCCUCACACCAAAUCAAACAAACAUCCUGAUCUCCUCCCCUCUCCUUUUUGCACUCUUCUUCUCCAUGGCUGUCUCCGUUGAUCCUCUCGUUGUUGGUCGAGUUAUUGGCGAUGUCGUCGACAUGUUUGUUCCUACUGUCACCAUGUCCGUCUACUACGGUUCCAGGCAUGUCACUAACGGCUGUGACAUAAAGCCAUCUACGACAAUCAACCCUCCCAAAGUUAGCAUCAAUGGCCAUUCUGACGAGCUUUAUACUUUGGUGAUGACUGACCCCGAUGCGCCAAGCCCCAGCGAGCCAAGCAUGCGUGAAUGGGUUCAUUGGAUCGUUUCUGACAUUCCUGGAGGAACCAACCCCACCCGAGGAAAGGAGAUCCUGGUUUACAUGGGGCCACGCCCUCCUGUGGGCAUUCACCGCUAUAUUCUGGUGCUCUUCCAACAAAAGGGUCCGUUGGGGCAAGUGCAGCAACCAGCAUCACGGGCUAACUUCAGCACUAGGCUCUUCGCUCAGCACCUCAACUUGGGCCUGCCUGUGGCCACGGUCUAUUUCAACGCUCAAAAAGAGCCCGUCAGCCGAAGGCGUUGAAUGUUGACUGGAUCAAAAAUAAAAAGAUAUCGCAUAUAGUAAGGCAGGAACAGUGCUGACCUCCUCCUACUUUGGCUCUAUGGGAGAGUAUGUUUAAUUAAUUUAUAAUAUCAGUUUUAUGUAAGUAGUUUGGCCAAGUGUCGUGGUACGUUCGAGAAGUGUAAUGCUACUGCCUAUGUAUCUCUUUUAUACGUUUGGUUUGCUUUAAAUUUGAUACUAGUUGCUAACCA